AUGCAUACACAGGCUGUAAAGUUCUCUUUAGCUAUGGGCGAGAGGAUGUCGGGGAUCGCCAGCUUGGCCUACUCAAUUAUUUUUGGUUCCUUGAGAGCCGAUCAUGGAUGUCGGAAUUUCCAGCUGAUUGUUGGUGUAGCACAACGCUCAUCUGCCCGCGGUGAUUAA